AUGCUAGAAAAGAGCGGGUCCACUACAGGCGGUCUUCCUCCAGCAACCUCGGCACGCUCUGGCUCUAAGCCGUCAGCGUCCGCUUCGGACGGGCCCGAGCCCGAAGAAGACGACGACUCUUCUGCCGGUGUAGCUGUCUGUCAAACGCUUCCCUGCAUACGCAUCGAGCAUUUCGAGCAGUCCAUACAACAUUCUGUUUCAAACAGCGAAUACAGCAUCAUCGCCAUGGCGGGGCGCGUGCGGCACCCCAUCGACGUCAAGUCGCUCGAGGCGUACCUGAACAAGAACGUCCCGGAGAUCAAGACGCCCCUCGAUAUCAAGCAGUUCGGCUUCGGCCAGUCCAACCCGACCUACCAGCUCACCUCGCCGACGGGCACCCGCUACGUCCUGCGCAAGAAGCCGCCAGGGAAGCUCGUCUCCAAGACGGCCCACAAGGUCGAGCGCGAGUACCGCAUCCUCGCCGCGCUCGCGGGCACCGACGUCGCCGUCCCGCGCACCUUUUGCCUGUGCGAGGACGACGCCGUCAUCGGCACGCCCUUCUACGUCAUGGAGUUCCUCGACGGCCGCAUCAUCGAGGACGCCGCGAUCCCGGGCGUCUCCCCGCGCGAGCGCGCCGACAUGUGGGCCGACUCGGUCCGCACGCUGGCCAAGCUGCACCGCGUCGACCCCCGCGCCGUCGGGCUCGAGACCUUUGGCCGGCCGAGCGGCUUCUACGCCCGCCAGGUCAACACGUGGAAGACCAUCUGCGCGGCGCAGAGCGCGACCCGCGACGUCGAGACGGGCGAGCCCGUGGGCGACCUGCCGCACUUCCAGGAGAUGAUGGCCUUCUUCUCCGACGCCGCCAAGCAGCCGCGCGACCGCGGCACGCUCAUCCACGGCGACUACAAGAUCGACAACCUCGUCUUCCACAAGACCGAGCCCCGCGUCAUCGGCAUCCUAGACUGGGAGAUGUCCACCAUAGGCCACCCCCUCUCCGACCUCUCCAACCACAUAACCCCUUACUUCACAGCCCACAUGGGCAGCACGAUCCACAACGCCCACCCGGGCUUCAAGCCCGGCGCCACCCCGGGCCUGCCCGACGCCGACGAGGUCGCGGCCCUGUACUGCCGCACGGCCGGGUGGGGCACCGCGUCGGACCCGGACCGCUGGCCCGACAUGGCGCGCGAGCUGCGCUGGGCCCAGGCCUUCAACAUCUUCCGCCAGGCCGCCAUCUGCCAGGGCAUCGCCGCCCGCGUCGCCGCCCGCCAGGCCAGCAGCGAGCAGGCGCGGCGGUACGGCGACGCGCGCGCCGCGCUGGCCGAGUACGCGUGGGAGCUGGUGCAGGCGGCUGAGAACACGGGCGGCAGCAGUGCGGACAAGCCGAGGUUAUAA